GAACUGGAUCUACAGAAACAUAAACAAUAAAACCAGGAUCAUCUCUUUUUUCAUCCUCUUAGUUUUAUUUAUCCUCAUGUUUAAAACUGAUUUUCUUUUUUCCCUUUUUUGCUGUGAGGAUUGUUGUGUUUUGACUUGGAGAAUACAUUUUGGAGCAUCAUGAAAAGGUUUCCUAUGUUGUUGAAUGGCCGGGCGCGGCAUCAUCAUAAUCAUCCUGAGGAUUUAUAAGAAGCAGAGAAGCUCAAUAGAAGAGGAAUAAUUAAAGAAAACUACAAAGAGCGCGGUACAGAAAGCUGGAUUACAGGGAGCAAAGCGAAAGUCGAGGAAGGGUGUGAAGAGGAGGCGUGGCAACUGAGAGAGAGAGAGAGAGGGAGAGACGGAGAGGAGAGUGGAUGCUGCACACACCCUGAGAUGCUGUGCUGGCUCAGAGAAGACGAGAUGUCGGUCCAGGAGCUGCUACAGAGGGUGCAGUGUGUCAUCACUCAUGUCGAUGAGAUCAUGCAGCAGGAGAUCAGGCCCCUGCUCGCAGUGGACAUCAUAGAGCAGCUCCAUCGGCAGUUUGCCUUGCUCUCAGGAGGAAGGGGGAAAGAUGGCGCCCCCAUCAUCACCUUCCCAGAACACUCAGGCUUCAGUGACGUGCCGGAGGACGACUUCCACAAUGUUAUCACUUACCUGACCAGCAUCCCCAGUUUGGACGCUGCGAGUAUCGGCUUCAUCAUCAUCAUUGACCGGCGGAAAGACAAAUGGAGCUCAGUGAAGGCGUCUCUGUCGAGGAUCGCUGGGGCGUUUCCAGGAAACCUGCAGCUAGUGCUGGUGCUCAGGCCGUCCAGGUUCUUCCAGAGAGCGAUGGCAGAUAUUGGCAUCAAGCUGCACAAAGAUGACUUUAAAAUGAAGAUUGUGAUGCUGAACUCUCUGUCGGACCUUCAUGGCUAUGUAGACAAAGGUCAGCUGACCCUGGAGUUAGGAGGAAGUCUGGAGUACUGUCACAGUCAGUGGAUCCACCACCGAACUGCCAUAGAGAACUUUGCAGUGACGGUGAAAACCACAGCACAGAUGUUACAGAAGUUUGGUGCUGACCUAGCAGAGACGGAGCUGCCCAAUGACGUCCAAUGCACCAAAGACCUGCUCACAGCGCACAGUGACAAACACGACAGCCUGAAGGAUGAACUGAAGCUGGCUCUGAAGCAGGGAAACACUUUGUUGGGUUGUAUCAAAGAUCAGGCAGCGAAGUCUGAGAAUCACAAACUCAACCCAGACGAGAUGGAGAACCAGACCACAGUGGAGAGGCUCUUGGCUCAGCUUGAUGAGACGGACAAUGCCUUUGAGCAGUUCUGGUGUAAACACCAUCUGAAGCUGGAACAGUGUCUGCAGCUACGUCACUUUGAGCAAGACUUCAGAGAGGUCAAAGUGUCUCUCGACAGUCUGAUGGACAGUCUUGCCAGCUUGUCAAUCAUCGGGGAUUGUCUGGCCCGGGUCGAACACCUGCUGAAGGAACUGAAAACACUGGAAGAUAAGGCUCAGCCGACAUUAGAGAAAGCUCAGCUCCACGCGCUGCACGGCGACCAGCUGAUCCAAAGCAACCACUACGCCGUCGACUCCAUUCGACCCAAAUGUGUGGAGCUGCGGCGAGUGUGCGAUGAUUUCAGCAACGAAGCCAAGAAGAAGACGGAUGUCUUGUCCAAGUCUCUGCAGAUACACACAGGCAUUGAGAAGGUGAACCAGUGGUGUGAGUCUGGGAUCUACCUGUUGGCCUCUCAGGCUGUAGACAAGUGUCAGUCACAGGAAGGGGCGGAGUCAGCUCUGAGCGACAUUGAACGCUUCCUGGAGUCGGCAGAAAAGAACCAGCUGACCGAACUGAGGAACCUCCACAACCAGUACGAAGUCGUGCUCUCUGAGGAUUUAAAGGUCAGUGUCCUGAAGGCUCUCAAGCGUCUGGAGGACGUUCAGGAGAUGUUUGAGAAGCGGCACGUCAGUCUGAAGAGACUUUCGGCAAAACAGACGAGGCCUGUCCAGCCUGUGGCCCCGCGGCCCGAGUCCUCCCCCAAACGUCCCGCAGUGAGGAACACCACCAGAACGACAGCAAACCACCAGCCUCUGAGUCGCAGAGCAUCUGAUAACACCACCAGCGGGAAGCAGACGGUCGACCCCGAUCCCAACAAGAAGAAGAUCAUACGCAAGGCCAAGGGCGGCAUCAAGAUAGAGGUGAUGCAUGAGGAAAGUCAAGGAGGCUCCACUCAUGUCGUCCUGUCCAAUGAGACGGAGGAGAGUUUGUCCAACAGACGCAGGCACAUCAUGACGGAGCUGAUUGAGACGGAGAGGCUGUAUGUGGAGGAGCUGCAGAGCAUCAUGGAGGGUUAUUUUGCAGAGCUGGAUAAUUCUGAGCUCAGUCACCUCACGCCGCCUUCCCUGGAGAACAAAAGGGACGUGCUCUUUGGAAACCUGCCUGAGAUUUAUGAGUUUCACAACAGGACGUUUCUGAGGGAGUUGGAGAACUGUUUCGAGAAGCCAGAGAUGGUGGGAACCUGCUUCCUGAAGAGGAAAGAAGAGCUGCAGGUGUAUCAGAAGUACUGUCAGAAUAAACCUCGCUCUGAAGUCCUCUGGAGACAGUGUGGAGACAGCCUCUUCUUUCAGGAGUGUCAGAAGAAACUGGACCACAAACUGUCUCUGGAUGCCUACCUGCUGAAACCUGUGCAGAGGAUCACCAAGUACCAACUCAUGCUGAAGGAGAUGCUAAAAUGCAGUAAGAGCGAUGGCAUGUUGGAGCUGGAGGAGGCUUUAGCGACAGUGUUGGACAUCAUCAAGUCUGUCAACGACUCCAUGCACCAGAUCGCCAUCACUGGCUUUGAGGGAAACCUGAGUGAACUGGGAAAGCUGUUGAUGCAGGGAUCCUUCAAUGUGUGGACGGAUCACAAAAGAGGCCACAGCAAGGUGAAGGACCUGGCCAGGUUCAAGCCAAUGCAGAGACACCUGUUCCUGUAUGAUAAGAUGCUGCUGUUCUGUAAGAAGCGAGACGAGACCACAGAUGGACACGAGAAGACACCGUCCUAUAGCUUCAAACACUCGCUCAAGAUGAGUGCGGUGGGAAUCACAGAGAACGUUAAGGGAGACAUCAAGAAGUUUGAGGUGUGGUACAACGGCAGAGAGGAGGUUUACAUCAUCCAGGCUCCUUCCAUGGAUGUGAAAAACAUGUGGGUGUCAGAGAUUCGUAAAGUUCUCACAGGACAGCUGGAGGCUUGCAGAGAGGCCAGUCAGCUCAACAUCUAUGCAGGUCCCAUAAGGACUGUACGGAAGUUGGCGCUGAGACAGUCUGAUUCUUCAAGUCCAGAGUCGGGCUUCAGGAGGUCCAACCCAAGCCCGAACAUGAGGCAGAAGAGAGCUGAUGCUUCUUCCGCCCAGUCAGGGAACUCGGUUGCUAACGCUAGGAAACGCUUCACGUUGCAGGGACUCUCCAACAGGAGGUCUCUUCCAUCAGAUCCUGCUGCUAAGGAGGCAGAGGUCCCCCGCCGCUUCUCUCUCACCUCUUCCCUUGCCUCCUCUACUUCCUCCUCCUUCGCAACACGACGCACAAAAGGUCCACUGUCUUCUAACAUAAAGAGCAAGAGGCAUGAGAUAAAGAGUGAUCCCACUCCGUUUGGUUAUGAAGAUACUUUGCGUGGCGCUAUGGCAGCAGUGAGGAAACGUCAGAGCAUGACGAUGGGCACUGCUACUGCUGGUGGUGGCACCGCAGCUGUCCCCAGGUCCACGUCCCAACCAGGAUGGACACAGCGACGUCUCCCCUCCAUGGACACAGAGGACUUUGAGACAAUUCCGUCCAGUGCAGAGGAAUCGUCCAACUCUUCAGAGGAGGAAGGCAACAAUAAAAAUGGAGACUCUGGUCGUUUUCGGGUGCAGCUGACGUACGAGUCUCGUGAAGCGCGGGACAUGUCUCUGGAGUCGGGCGACCUGGUCCAGUUCCUGGAGGAAGCUGAGGCCGGACAGUGAUAUCUUCAGUGAUCUGUGCACUGCAGCUCUCUCCGACUCGGACGAAAAUGAAGCCAGUUUGUGAGGAGGCGGGUCUCAGGACAGUGAAUGCAUCACAAACGUGACUUUUGACUGUAGUUUUUCAACUGGAAUUUCUUAAGCUGGACUUAAAAAUCAACAUAUUUGUUUUUUUCUACUUGUAGUUCUAUUUGACUACAAAUAUGGCUGUAGUCAUUUUUAAACCACACUUUUUCAAAUCUGUCACUGAAUCGAUAAAGCUGGAACCCGUAUGACGCCUGAAUGCACCAUGGGAAAGCCAUAUUAGACGUUUAAUACAACCAUCUGUCGUCUAUGGAGACUGAGGACUGAUCAGAAGGUGGAUGAGUUAACAUUACAGACUGUAAAAAGCAGCAGCUGGACAUCUGAGAUGUUAAAUGAUGAAAUGAUAGACUGUGUGUGCUGGUUGUGAGCAGGUGUUGGCAUGGUGCCCUGUUCUGCUGCUGCUGCUGCUGCUGCUGCUGCUGCUGCUGCUGCUGCUGCUGCUGCUGCUGCUGCUGCUGCUGCUGCUGCUGCUGAACGGAGCUAAAACUCCAGAAUCUGCCUCUGCUGCCUUUUUCAGUCACUUCAGAUGCUGGAGAUGUUACAGCUGCUUCAGAUGCUUCUGCUGCUUCAGAUAUGUCAGGUUUGAAAACACAUUCUCCAGGAGAACCUUGACACGUGUCUUGCUUGCCUUUCCUCUCCCUGAUAGAAUAUGUAACAUUAUCUCUUUGUCUCUAUUCUCAACCAGCUGUUAGGUCAUCUGUAUAAACUGCUGAACGAUAUUUAUCUUAUACUCUUCUCUAUAAACUGAUGAAGAGACACAUCCAUACAUGGUUAAACACAGUUUACCAUGUUUAUCGUGUUAGCACAGACUGUGCUGUUAGACAUCAGACAGACAUUAGAGGUAAUUGUUGUAAUUUUAUUAUUACUUAAGUAUGUUUGUUUUUUUUCAAGUACUGUACUUCACUAUGUUUUAAAUCACAUUCAUCACUGAGUAAAAAAACCCUUUACAUUUUAAAAUUUUAAAAAUAUUUUAAAAAGGAAAUUCACACUCCAGAAACUGGCAGGGACAGGUGAAUGAUGAGGACAGGUGAAUGAUGAAUAAUGAGGACAGGUGAAUGAUGAAUGAUGAGGACAAGUGAGUGAUGAAUGAUGAGGACAAGUGAGUGAUGAAUAAUGAGGACAGGUGAAUGAUGAAUAAUGAGGACGGGUGAAUGAUGAAUAAUGAGGACAGGUGAAUGAUGAAUAAUGAGGACGGGUGAAUGAUGAAUAAUGAGGACAGGUGAAUGAUGCAAGAUGAGGACAGGUGAAUGAUGAACGAUGAGGACAGAUGAUGAACGAUGAGGACAGAUGAUUAAUAAUAAUGACAGGUGAAUUGGCACUAUUGUCCCUGAGUGAGUGACAUUUGUGACCUCUGACCCAUUCUGACUGACUGAUACAUUAUGUGUUUCCAUGUUUUAUUUUGUCAGCACUUUAAUUUGUAAAGGUUUGUCUUUAAUCAAAAACAGUGUGAGAUACUACUUUUUUUUUACUUCAACUUGAGUACAUUUUAAGAUCAGUACUUUUACUUGAGUAGAAUAUUUCAGUACUCUUUCCACCUCUGACAGACAUUAACAUUACAAUCUGACCAAUGGAUGCUACAUGCUAACAAUUCUUGUUGGAGUCACUGUUUUUGUGCUGAUGUGUUCAUGUACAGUUCAUCUCUGUAAAAACAUUCUGCAUGCUAAUAUACAGAAGCUUAUUUCUAUUUUUAGUUAGACAGGUGAAGCAGAAAAACACAGUGACUAAAAAGAUGCAUUGGCAAACAGCUUUUUUAAAAUGUUCAGUAUUCACAUGCCGAUAGCUCUGAAUGCAGAAACUCCAGUCUGGUCUUUCUACUCCAACUCCAUUCUUGGUUCUCAUGUCUCACUCAUCAUUUAAACAGUGAAUGGUGAAUGAGAGACAGACUCAGACCCAGAUAUCUGCUGUCUACACUAGAAGCCUCUACUGACUGCUGUCUAAUGUAUUUUAAGCCAAUUGCAUGUGGCUAAAGCAGUAUAAAAACAGGUCUCAAGAGACUUUAAAAAAUACCCUGAACCAAACUAAUGCAAGCUUGUAGGUUUGGGCCUAGUUUCCCCACCAAAAUUUAAAGGGAUUCUCCCAAAAUUGUACUGUGGAUUAACAGGUCCACCUGACAACAGCCCUGCACAGAUGCAUCUAUGUCAUGUUUUCUCUCUGACUUCUUGUUCUAAUGUGCACAUUAUGGGAUUAUCAUGAUGUUUUCACUGGCAGUCACUCUGAGAACACUCAGUGACUGCCACAUGAUUAUUGGUUGUUUGUUUCCUAGGAUCUACUUCAUCACAGCACUGGACAGUAAAUGCCAACAGGGCAUUAGAUAAUGUGUGGAUCUACAUUUGCAGUUCAGCCUCAUAUUGUAUAUUUUUGUGGAUUUCUGUGUGACUGCUGUGUUGUUGUACAUUAUUCUCAGCGUUUUCUACUGAUGAUGUAAAUCUGUGGACCGGUCAGUGACAGACCUGAAACAGCAGCAGUGGAUGGUCAGAGGUCCGAUGACUCCUCCACUUAUUUAGUUCAAGUUUAUUUAGUUUUUAGAAAACAAAACGAUAUAAAGAGGAUAAAUCUUCACCAGGCGACUGAUACGUGUGAGAAAGUAACCAAGUUACUUUGGAGGAAAGAAACUAAUCAGUCAAAAUGGUUAGAUGGAUGGAUGGGUUAGCUGAAUGAAUGAAUGAAUGAAUGAAUGGUCAGAUAUUUGAAGCACCUUUACUGGUUGUACAGAAAACCUCCCAUGGGUUAGGGAACUAUCUUCAUUCUUUGGCAAAUAAACAAUGUAUCUUUGUAAAAAAUCAAAUCUUUAUUGCUGUUUCCUGCUGCAAUUUAAAAUAUAGAAUGUAUCUAUAAGUCUGUAAAUUGUACUCUGUCAUUGUAAUGUACAUACAUCGUCAUUGUGUUAAUAUGCAUUUACAUACAGUAUAUGAAUUUUGUUUUUUAAAUGUAUUAUUCAAAGCUUUAAGAAGCAUGUGAGGAUUGAUACGGAGGUUCUAGAUGUAGCACUUAUAAACUAAAUAAAACAGCAUUUCUUAUCAAUCAUG